UUUAUGAACUGUCAUAAGUUAUGAAGAUCUAAAUAAAGUCAAUAAGUUGUUUUCUCUAACCGUAAUGAUGGCAUCACUUACUUUUAUGGGCAGUCAUUCAUGUUUUGUAUCAGCCUGCAUUUUACUUUCUGUACUCAUAUCACAAUGCGAGGGUGCCACCUCAACAAAGACAAGUUUUGAGGAUGCUAGAUGCAAGUGUGUGUGCCCGAAAUUUCAGAAGGAUGCUAACAGCACUGUAAAUGAACGUACGGUCUUCAUAAGUCCCAAUGCUGACCCUAACAAUUGCAACUGUGACUUUGUGGUCGGUGACAAGAUUGACUCCAAGUUCUGUGCCAUGUGCCAGUGUAAAUAUGAAAACAGAAAUACAGCUACAAUUAAGGUAGUUGUGAUCAUAAUCAUCUGCGUAACUUCGCUGUUACUGAUCUACAUGCUGUUCCUCCUGUGCCUGGACCCACUGAUUGCCCACCGCCCCACCGCAUACCAACAACACAUGGACGAGGUCGUUAAUUUGGAUGACCAGUCAGUAACCCAGGUGCCGCAGUUUGAAAGCGCGGGAACAAGGCCAAGACUCGGACGCCAGAAAUCUGUCAUGAACUACGUCUCUGACGAACAGCGGCGCUGGAAAUCAACCGUUCAGGAACAGAGGAAGAACAUUUAUGAUAAACACACAAUGCUGAACUAGUUUAUUAAUUAGUUUAUUGGUAAAUGUUUGUAUGUAUAGAUAUGUAUGGUACAUGUAGAUGAUCAUGAUGUUAUACAUGAGUUGAUUACUGAGUUGAGGAAAAAUAUGUUUUAUAGAUAAACACAUACCACACAAUUCCCAACUAAUAAUGAACAAGUUGAUUUUAAAAGUACAUGUAUGUAGAUGAUCUUGAUCCUGUUGUAAGCUGAUUAUGGAAUAGAGGAAUACUCUGUUAAAUAUACAAAUACACACUUCAUUUUUUGCUAAUCAUAAUGCACUAGACAAUUGUAACCACGGCCCCCGCCAAGUCGGGGGGUAUAUCGGUGAAUUGGGCAGUGUUUUUACCUUCCAGGUGUCGGGUGAAUGAGGUGGUUUUGUCUUCGUGCAAAAUAUAGCGGGGAAUGGCCUUACAUAGGGUCCCUGGGGUGCGGGGGUAUUUGGUAGGGAUUUUACCAUCAUUUCAUCCCCGCAGGGCGGAGAUUUUACCCAGAGUUGGCUGGACCGAAAGUCAAAGUCCCCGCUAUUCCCUGGACCUGGGAGAGCCGUGGUUACAAUCGACUGGUGCAUAAUGACUUAAGUCCAUUAAUUAAACUGGAGAUUAAUUAUUAUCAUCCUGUUUGCCCUUCUUACAGUCUCCACUCCCCUACCCCACUCAAUGUUUGUUAUUUGACAAUAAUUAAAUUCAGCCUUGGAGAAAAUUAUAGUUAUGAAAGUCAUGGAAACAGCACCAAAAUUGAAUAACAAAUUAAAUAAUUUCAAAGCAUAUUCUACUCUUAGUUUGUGUUUUGUAUAAAUAAUUGUUUUAAUUUUAUUUGUUUGCAUGUUACUUCAAAUCUUCUUUGUAUAUUGAAUUAUUUUAUUUAUACUGGUUUGCACAUGGUGCAUAUGUUCAGAACUGUAGGAAACUACAUUGAAAUUGAAUUGAUUAUGUGUGUAGCUGUUCCUAGGGAAACCAUUUCUUUUCUUUAAUAUGAUUUCUCUUUCCUCUCUUUUUUUAUCCAUGAUUUUGUUGGUAGGCAACUAUUGAUAAUUUACAUUCAACCUUACAUCUGGAGUCUGCAGAAAUGUAUUUCCAUCAUUUAAGGGCUGUAUUUUAUUUGAUACAUUCAUUCAUUAUCACCUAGAAAAAGUAGAAUCUUGUAUUUUUUAUAUUAUUAGAUGAUACUGAUAGUCAUAUUUGAACAGCAUUGGUAACAUAAACAUAGAAACAGUGAUUAUAUUGUUUCUAUAAAAUCUGCACAUAGGCUUAAAUUACCAGAAGUAAUUGAUGUCUUAAAUAUUAAAAUGUAGCUAAAACAAAGCUAAACUUUUCUGUUUAAGAAAAAUAUGUUUUCUUGAAAAAUAUUAAAAGUGUCUGUGAUAUAAUCUUCAACUGGUAAUGGAGGAAAGACCGUGUGCAUCUGAAAGAUUUACAAAAAAUGCAGUUAUUUUAUGUUCUGCUAUGAUAUUUCUCUUUUUAUUUUUCCCCGUUUUCAUAGUUUUAUAUUCACAAAUCAGAACUGCUUACCUGGCAGGAAGAAAAACAAAAUACCAUUAUAGAAAUCAUAAAUCUCUUUAUAAAACAAAUGCCCUUCAUAGCAGAUUUCACCAAUGAAAAUCAUAAUGAAAGCAUAUACCGGGUACAUUAUCAAGUCCAUUAAUUUAGAACAUGUAACUUCUCACCAUAUGAUAUAUUUCUAAACUCAUAGCAUUGGUAUUGAAAUCAUACCUCUGCUGAAUCAAGAUUAAGGUCAAUUUAUUUUUGUUUUUUAUUCAUUUUGAAGUUUGAAAACCUGCCUGUCUGAUGGUGAUAAACAUACCUAUAUUCAAUUUGGCAUGGCCUAGCUAACAACAUCUUUGGCAUCCUUCUGUAUGAAGUACAUGUAUGAAGAGUGGCAGUGUUUCAUCUGCCCCAAUCCUUGAUUGUCUGCGGAAUUAUUUAAGUUUUGAGAUAGUUACGAUGAUUGAAUAUUAUGUGUCAAAAUACAGAAAUUUUAACUGUCAGACCGCACUUGAACUAAAUGUAUCACUAGUAUGCGCAGCCUACAAAAGGCUCAACUACAAAUGGCAAUGCCGGGAUGGGAUUUCAAUGGCUUCUUCAACCAUGUUUGAUCACCGACUGUUCUGGUAUAGGGAGUCAUUGUUGCAAAAUUGCGGUAUAAAUGUGCUUUGUUUGUUUGAUUGAAAAGCAUGUUUAUUUGCAAACAGUAGUAGUUUAAAGGUACUAAUAAAUGUGAUUAUAAUAGAUAAUAUAACUAGCAAGUGCAAUAAGUUGUAUGUUGUAUGUGUUCUAUUGUCAAGUGUGUUUAGGUCAUGUUCACCUGUAGAACUGCAAAUAUCUGUGACUUGUCACUAGAGUCACUAGAUAUCAAUGAAAAGGUUCUUGAAGUAAAUGUACAUACGUUAUUUUCCAUUCAGAUUUGUAUUAAUGAACAACAAGGUCUUAUUUGUAUGAUAAUAAAUAACAUUCCAUGGGAUAUGCUCCUUGUUGUUGAACUGUACUGUUGUUUUCUGUUUAUAUAUAUGGAUUAUAUAGUAUUUC